AUGGCUGUCCAACUCCCAGGCAUCUGCCUUCCAAUAAACUGUGCCUUGGCCUCUGGAAACUUAUCUCAGUGUCGAAGCAAAUCACUCUCCCGGACAGCUCUAUCGGCUACGGCUCCUCUCUCAUCUCCAGCUCCCACCAUCCAGAUUGUUGGUGGGACAAAUUUAAUUUAUUAUGAAAAUGAGAACGCAAGUACCUAUGGCUCCCAAGUCGAGACUGAUUGGGUUGAUCUGGAUACCGAUCUUUAUCACUGGACUAAGGCACUGCGUCCUGUUCAGUGGUAUCCUGGUCAUAUUGCAAAAACUGAAAAAGAACUCAAAGGACAGCUCAGGUUGAUGGACGUGGUGAUAGAGGUGCGAGAUGCUAGAAUUCCUUUGUCCACUGGUCAUCCACAGAUGGAUUCAUGGCUUGGUAACAGGAAAAGGAUUUUGGUGUUAAAUAGAGAAGACAUGAUUUCCACAGCAGACAGGAAUGCUUGGGCAACUUAUUUUGCAAUGCAGGGAACAAAGGCUGUCUUUUCCAAUGGCCAACUUGGAAUGGGAACAAUGAAGCUUGGUAGGUUAGCCAAGUCACUAGCAGCUGGUGUAAAUGUCAAACGCAGAGCCAAAGGACUGCUUCCUCGUCCGGUUCGAGCCGGAAUAGUUGGGUAUCCAAACGUUGGAAAAUCAUCUUUGAUAAACCGAUUGUUAAAGCGUCGGAUGUGUCCAGCAGCUCCAAGACCGGGUGUAACAAGAGAAUUGAAGUGGGUUCGAUUUGGGAAAGAUCUUGAAUUGCUAGAUUCUCCUGGUAUACUCCCCAUGAGGAUUAGUGAUCAGUCUGCUGCAAUAAAACUUGCUAUAUGUGAUGAUAUUGGAGAGAGAUCGUAUGAUGUUACUGAUGUUGCUGCAGUUCUUAUACAGAUGCUGACAAAACUUCCAUCAGUUGGUAUAAAGGCUAUUCACAACCGCUACAAGAUUGAUGUGGAUGGCCAAUGUGGUAAAACGUUUGUUCAGAAGCUUGCUAUGCACUUGUUUAAUGGGGACAACCACCAAGCCGCAUUUCGUGUAUUGUCAGAUUUUAGGAAAGGGAAGUUUGGUUGGAUUGCUCUGGAAAGGCCUCCGUCUUAAUUUGUAGUUGUCAAGCUUCCGUGGAUACUGUCCUUGAAGUAUCUCAAGUAUGCCGACAGCUUAUGGAUGAACAAGAUACCAAAUAUUUGGGUAGAAAAUUAAGCUUCUUAUUGAUAAAGGAAGGAAACUGGAUCCCUGAGAAAGUUUUUAGACUGUCCAGCCUGAGUCUGGUUAAUAUUCAAAUGGGCAAACGGCUACUUGCCCCGAGUCCUGACAAAGCUAUAAAAGUACGUGGAUUAUGCUGUCCGCCAUGGAUAAGGAGGGAUAUUAUUAUACGUCUUUUACAAGUUACCAUAUGCAAAGGGGUCUCAAAGUUCUCGUAUGAAUCAAAUAUGUAUAGCAAUUAUUUAUGAAACAAUGUUUAGUCCGGCCUUUUCUUUGA